AUGGAGUCGGGCGCGCCUGUGUUGAAGGAGGACAGGAUUACCUCUAUUGCCGAGUUGCACUUCCAGUGUAAACCGCACUUCUACUAUGUCGUCCUCGAUGAACUCGGUGUCCCCUCUCAGUUUCAUCAAGGAAGAACCCUCUUUAGACACAACUAUGGCCACCAUCCCGUCUACGGGUUAUGGGGCUCUAGACGAGUAGACCAUGGCAUCCGACAGUUUGGACAAGAAUGGCCUCACGUAAACUAUCCUGAGAUAUGGCUCGACUACGCUUAUCGCUUUCAUCUUUUCCAACAUCCAAUCCACACUUCUGUUGUGUGGCGAGAGAGUAAGUGGGCCUUCGAUGAGUACGUCUAUCAGGAUGGCUGGGAAACCCACUAUCACCUCGACAUCGAUGGCCAUGGAGUUGCCUGCCUCUGGGGGCACUGUGACACGUUCGUCCAUGUGGAAGGACUGUACCCUGUAGUUUUCGAGCCUCCUACAGUAGAACCAGACCACACCCGACUUAACCAGCCACAUGCGUUCUCCGUCGGGUUUGGAGCUGAACAGAUGGUCCACGUCCGAAGCACCUAG